AAAGUUUACGCUGUGACUAUUCUUACGGCACUGUAAAGGCUGCUUACCUUGCUAUAUUUACGGCAUAGUGAACUUUCACCUCUGGCUCUGGCAACUUCCUAGCCUCGAUUCAAGGCCGGCCUGGGAUAGAGGCUAGCAACUUCCUGUAGCAAGUUACCCGGGGUAUAAUCAAUAUGGCACUAGACUUGCUCCAUCUACAGAAUGGCCAGGAGUUCUGCUCUUUCGAGGAACUGGCCGAAAUUAUUAAGAAGUGGGAAGAGGUUAAUUUUGUUACUCUUUACACAAGAAGCUCUAGGAGUAUUGAAGCAGCUAGAAGAAGGGCUCCAAAGAGAACUUUUCUCGACAAACUGAAGUAUUCAGAAAUUGAUUAUGCAUGUGUACAUGGAGGCAGAGAAUAUAAGUCCCAAUCUACACAGAAGAGGCUGUGCCAAAAGACAUUUUUAAAGGAUUGCCCAUUUGUCAUUAAGAUUAAGACAACACUGGAUGGAGAAAAGUUAUACAUCAAAGAAAUUCGUGGAGAGCAUAAUCAUGAUUUGUCUGAGGAAAUAUUUCGUCAUAUGCCAAAGCAACGGCGCCUGGAUUCUGAAACAAAGGAUGAAGCAGUAAAACUCCUCAAACUCAGAGCUAACAAAAAGCUUCUUCAGAAUCACUUGAUGAGUACAACUGGUAAAACAGUGACACUCAAAGAUCUUCAUAAUAUUGCAGCGAGAAAUGUACCAAAGUUUCGGAAUGAUUUUCGUGAGCUAGUAGAAGAAAUGAAGAGCAUUAAAGAUUCAACUUUUACUGCAUUUGUUGACGAAGAGAGUAUGUUAAAGGCUAUAUACUUUCAGACACCUGAAAUGAAGAAUAUAUUUGCUUCUUCUCCUCUAGAUUGA